UCACCAAGUUCUCCUAAUUUGGAGAGAAGAUUGCUUCAAUAUUAACUAACACAAACUUUAAAUUUUGUGAUUUUACUUAGAUAAUUUGAGGUUAAAUAGGAUUUGUUUCUCAUAUUUGUAGAAUCAUAAAUUUGGUUGCUAGCGUUUGAAAGUUUUCCUAUUGGUAGAGUCCAUCGCUACUACGCUUUCCUUCGCGUUAAGGUUUUUCCUUCUUUCUUUUGCACUCAUAAAUUUUCUUUUUAUUUUUAAUUUCAUAGUAACUCUCACAUCUCUCAUCUGUUUUGUUCUAGCGCUUUCUCUCUCUUUCUCAACUUCUUUUCUCGAGAUUCUUCAAAUGCUUGAUUUUUGUCGUUAGUUUUUUUACUUAUUAUUAGCCGCCGUUGAACGGGGCUGAGAAUAUAUAUAAUUUAAAGUAAUUAAAGAUGCAAAACGGCGUCGCCGCCGACGGAGUUUGCUCCUCGGAGUCCGCGAAUGGGAGUCGAGAUGUUUGGAGUUGUAAAGGUUCCGAUUCUUCAUCAGCUGAUCAUCUUGUUAUCAUGGUCCACGGGAUCCUCGGCAGUUCUUCAGAUUGGAAAUUCGGAGCUGAGCAAUUUGUUAAAAGGCUACCGGAUAAAGUAUUUGUCCAUUGCAGUGAACGGAAUAUGUCUAAGCUGACUUUAGAUGGUGUGGAUGUAAUGGGUGAACGACUAGCAAAGGAGGUCCUUGAGGUAAUUCAAGAAAAACCAAAUUUGUGCAAGAUCUCUUUUGUUGCACAUUCUGUUGGAGGAUUGGUGGCAAGAUACGCAAUUGGGAGGCUCUAUAGACCACCUAAGGAAGAAGUUAAAGAGGAUAAAUCAGGUGAUGGAUGCAAGGAGGAACAGAGGGGUACAAUUGGUGGCUUGGAGGCUAUGAACUUUAUCACAGUUGUAUCUCCUCAUCUUGGUUCAAGGGGUAAUAAGCAGGUACCAUUUCUUUUUGGAGUACCUGCUUUUGAGAAAGCUGCUAGUUGUGUUAUUCAUUGGAUAUUUAGGAGAACAGGUCGACACCUUUUUCUUACUGAUGAUGAUGAAGGAAAGCCACCGCUGCUUAAGCGGAUGCUGGAUGAUUAUGAUGAGUUCUAUUUCAUGUCUGCAUUACGUACAUUCAAACGCCGUGUUCUGUAUUCCAAUGUGGCCUAUGACCAUAUUGUGGGCUGGAGAACCUCAUCAAUAAGACGAGACAGUGAACUGCCAAAGUGGGAGGAGUCUCUAAAUGAAACAUAUCCACAUAUCGUGUAUGAAGAACACUGCAAGGCCUGUGAUGCUGAUCAGCAUGCAACUAUUUCAAUAGAGGAUGAUGGCUCAUCCGACAAGCUAGAAGAGGAACUUGUGAGAGGCCUAUCCCGAGUUUCAUGGGAAAAAAUAGAUGUUAGUUUUCAGAGCAGUAGACAGAGAUUUGCUGCUCAUAGUGUUAUACAGGUUAAAGAUGAAGUUAUGCAUAUAGAAGGUUCAGAUGUCAUCCAACAUAUGAUUGACCAUUUUCUUACAUGAAACCUUUUGGUGUUUGAGAUACACAUCAUAUGAGCAAAGAAGAUUAAUGCGCUACCUCACUGUAUUUGUCGACUGUUAAGUUAUUGCUCGAAUUCCCAUUGGUUGCAGUUGAAUGGAUCAGUACUCACAUUGGUUGGUAAAGAUGGCUAUGACAAGGGCAAUUAAGUCAGCAGUUCAUUCAUUAAUUCUCUCCCCUAAGAAGGAUGAAUACGGAUAAAAAUGAAAAGCCCGUUGAUUUAAUGGUUAAGAUUUAUAACCAUUUUAUCACUUUCUAGUUUCUUUUUUCCAUGUUAACAAAUUACUGUUUCUUUGGACCAAAUUAGUCAAUAAUUGGAACUUUGAAGCUUCUGGUUA